AUGAAUUAUAAAAAAACUGAUGAUAAUAUUGAUGAUAUCGAUAUUGGACAAAACAAAGAGAAAGAACUUAAAUGGAUAGGGCCAAAUAUCCUGAAAAUUAAUAUAGAAAGCGAUGAAGUUUCUGAAUUAUCAGGACUAAUUAAGACUUAUUCUGAAUCAAAUGAGAAAAAUAGACUAAAUAACAAAAUAAUUGAAUGCAUGAAUCAUAUUGAUCUUGAUAUCUCAGAUCUAUUGCAAGAAAAUGAUAUAACUCCUAAUUUAAUUGAUCAAACGCAGCAUGCAAAACAAUUUCUGAGAGCUAGUUCGUAUAACUUGCUUUAUUUAUUGGCUAAGAAUUCGGUUUUAACAGCUCAUCACAUAUAUGAUCAAUUUGAUUAUUUUAAAAUCCUUAUUCCAGCAACAUCAAAUGGAAUUGAUAUUCUUAAGCUGUUGACUGUGUUUUUAACAUAUUGCAAUGACCUAACAGAAAAUGUAAUCAAUAAUCAAAUCCUUGAAUUUCUUUAUAGCGAAGUAAUAACGAAUUCUGAUUAUGAAGAGCUGUUUGAUGAAGGAAUUAACUUCUUGCUUGCAUUUCUUCAGACCAAAAAUGCAUUUCCAGAUCAAUGUUAUACUCAAUAUGAAACAAUCUUCAACAUUCUCUCCGAAAUAUUAGUAUAUCUAUUAACACUCAACAAAGAAGGCAUCAAAAAGGUCAAACAAUAUGAUAUCUUGAUAACUUAUUUAUUAUGCACUCUUGUUUCUCAUGAAGACAUAGGUCACUUUGCUGACGUGUUACAAGGAAUGUGUUUAUCAAAUUUAUACAAUCGAAUCCAGAAAAUAGAAAACUUGCCUGAAUAUUUUGAGUUUUUCCAUUGUUUAUGUGAAUUUAACCCUGAAUAUGCUAUGGACUUUGUAGAAGACAGCCCAAUUAUCUCAACCUUAAUGAGAUACUUUCAAAUUUCAGAAAACAAGCAUCAAGUACUUAACUUCUUGAUCCAUUUUGCGGAUAUAUCAGAAAGAGCAUCAAUGAUCUUAUAUAACGCUAAUUUGCUUGACAUUUUUAUCCAAUCAGGAUUUUAUUAUAAAUUUGAUGAGAACGCUCCAACUGUUCUGCAGGAAGGCCAGGUCUUCGAUUUAAUUGAUGAGCCUACGAAAGAAAAGUAUAUUUACCUCUUUACUAUAUUAUGUUAUCAAAUUCCAAAGUUAAUAUUACAAGAUGAUGCAGUUUAUAGAUAUAUUAUAUAUUGUAUAGAUAUGUACGAGCUUCUUCCUCAAGAUUUUGAAGCCAAAUACUUCAAAGCGAUUCAAGCUCUUUUCGCAAACGGGUUGAUCGCUGAAAAGAUCGAUGAUAUUGAUGAAUUUUGUGAUUUCCUUGAAGAUAUGAGUAUUAAUUCAGAAGAUGAAGUAGUAAGCGCCACUGCACGAUCAAUUCUCAAUUUCCAUUUCGAGAAAUUCGAAUAA